AUGGUCUUCACUAUUCACUGGGACUCCCAUGUCGUCUACCCGGACGGGCGUAAACGAUCUCGCCCGCCAUCGAGCACUGUUCAUGGGUGGCUCGUUAAAUGGCGCGGCACCUUUUCGGGCAAUGAGAAGCUCCGAUCCCAAGGCAUCCGCGAGAUGCGUGAGGCGGCUGCUCGCCGCAAGUACUACAAGGAAAACCCUCAAUCCAGACCGCGUGCCAAGCCAUCUAGUGGCAUCCUCUUCUUUCGAAAGAGCAAGCCGUCGUCGUCCUCGCGCCGGACAAACACGGUGCCCUCCCGCAAGCCGCCUCUCGUCCGCUCCAAGUCGGCGCCUCCUGCACCAACACUGGUUUGA